AUGCCUAAACAGAAGAUUGUUAAUAGAGAGUUUGAGUUCUAUGCGCUUGCCCAAAAAACUGUCUCUCCUCCAGCCGUGUCCCGUGAUCUCAUUCUCAUAAGUGUAAAUUCUCCUUUUCUGUCUUCUCAACAUCAAAGUCUUUCCUUACAGCCUUCCCAAACUUCUUCCAGCCGUUCCGGACUUCCAUCUGCGGCUUUCCUCGGAUCUUGCGCCGCCCGCAAAAUCCUUCGCCGGCCAUGUAACGAUAAGUGUUAUUCAGCUUCCUAUUCUACUCCAAGUGCAGAAUCUCAUAAUUUCACUGUUGAUAGCGUCUUGGGACUUAGCAAUGUCGAGUUCUUUAUGAAGGAGGGACUCAAGAUCAGUGUUGGAGAUUGUGAUGUUUUCAAGCCACCCCAGGAGGACUCCCCACCUUUCGUUGGAAUAAUUCGAUCGCUGAUUGUCGGUGAAGUGCUCAAGUUGUGUGUGAAUUGGUUAUAUCGACCUGCUGAACUGAAGCUUCGCAAAGGCAUCCCUUUGGAAGCUGCACCAAAUGAAGUAUUCUAUUCCUUUCAUAAGGAUGAGAUUCUUGCUGCAUCAUUACUCCAUCCGUGUAAAGUUUCAUUUCUCCCAAAAGGUGUUGAACUUCCAUCAAGGAUUUGCUCUUUUGUGUGCCGGCGAGUUUACGACACUCGAUACAAGUGUUUUUUCUGGCUAACUGACCAAGAUUAUAUUAAUGAACGUCAAGAAGAAGUAGAUCAGCUAUUAUUCAAGACAUGCAUAGAAAUGCAUUCAUCUGUGCAACUAGGAGGACAUUUUCCUAAGCCAGUGAAUGGUUCAACAUCAACAUCACAGCUAAAACUAGGGUCGGAUGAUGUACACAGCGGUGCCUCAUCCUUUGCUUCUACUUAGAUGACUGAGAUUGUAUUUCAAAACUAGCUACUCAAAGAUAUUUUGUAUUAAUUCUAGCCUAAAAUCUAGCCGAUUUAAUAUCUGGUUUGUGGUGUUUUAGAUUUUAUGGAAUUAUUUUUUGUAAAAGCUAGAGUUAGUACAAUUAGGUAUUGAUUCUUUGAAAAAGAUUUAUUUUGUAACUAUGAAAUAUGAAUACAGAGAAAGAUUCAUUAUCUUUCCUUUUUUCACUGUUA